AUGGCUCCACACUCCCCCUUCACAGCCAUCCAUGUCCAGGCUGGGCUGCACCGUGUCACCAUGGGCUUGCGCAACCGCGCGGCGUCCAUUCCCAAGAUCAAAGUUGACUUCAGCAAGGUCCCCGACUGGACGCGAAGGGCUGCCCGCCUGAGCAUCGCAGUGAUCUUCUUCGGUAUUUUGGGUCACUGCGCCCAAUUCCCCCCGGAGUACCAGAUGUUCGCCUCCAACUUUCGGCAGAGCUGCAACUGGGCCGCCAUUACUUGCAUUGUGGUGACGGCGCCGCUCAUCGGGAAGGUAGCGCAGGUUGCAUUUGACCGCCUGCUGGGCACCGCCGUGGGCGGCUUCAUCGGCUGCGUGUGCUUCACCCUGGGCCCUGUGGCCACUGAGGGCAGCUGUCAGUCAAAGCUGAAGUACAGUACCCAAGUCGCGGUCUGCAAGAUACUGCAACAGUUCCACGUAUUUGGUGCCUUUGGCGGUGGCAUCUUCAUCAGCCUCAUGUCCGGAGUCACCAUCUGGGGAACUACCUACCUGGCAUUCAAACACUCAUUGGACCAGCUGGUACGAUUCGUACAGCUGACGUACAUCAUUGUGGCUUUUGGCGCCAAGCCGGACAAAGUGAUGGUGAGUGAUGACGAAACCGGCGGGCUUUCUCAGUUCUCGCCGUGUCGUGUAUACCAGGGGAAAGGAGCUAUCCAGAUGAGUAAUGUUACCUCCGCUACUUACCAGUUUAAUCAGUGUGUAUACCAGUCUGGCGCGUUCCUUCUGGCUCUGUUACGAGUGGGCGGCAUAUUCGCCGGCGGGUUGCUGAGUGUGCUGCUGGCGGUGGUGGUACUGCCCAGGAGCGCCUCCAUAGACUGCCUGCUGGAGAUGAAGAAGGCGCUCAAGGCGCUGUACGACCUCAACCAGGAGGUGUGGACACUGAGCGGCGUGACAGGACAGAAUGUAGGCAGGCGCUCCAGCCGCAAGCCCCAUCGCCACGGCUACUCCGCCCUGCACCAGAGAUUGGAUGCCGCCGCCAGAGCCAGGGGUUCGGCACCCAUCCUGCCGACGAACGGCUCCGACACCGCGUCCUUUGCCGCAGCUGCUGCCACGGCGGCGGCGAUGCACCCCAGCGCGAGCGACCCCGCGCUAUGCACACGGGCUCAGCAGCAACAACAAGACCUCCGCCGCGGCGGCGCUGGCGGCUGCGGGAGCGCCGAUAGCUUGACGUCGUUUAACGGGGUUGGCGGCGGCGGCGGCGGCCUCCGUAAGGGUCUAUCCGACACAAGUACGAAUCAACUGGAUCUGCUCGUUCAGCAUGACGAGGAGAGAGACUCCCGUGAGGCAGCUGUCGAGAAGCUGUUUACGGCGGUGUAUACGGCACUUGGACGAGUGGACGAGCACCUGGCACAGACCCGGGGAGAAAUCUACAUUUGGCACUUCUGGGGCCGAUACUUCUUCCUGCCUGGUGUUCAUUGGUUCCCGGUCCGGGGCCGGUGGCAGGUUCCCAAGAAGGACCUGGAGGGCCUCGCCACGUGCGUGAGGAGAGUGGCCAGGAUGCUGUGGACUCUUCUCCUGGACUUCGAGGAGGGUUUCGGCUCUGAGAUGGAGGCGGUGUUGCGGCUCUACUACCCCAAGCAGCUGCUCAGUGAACUGGCGGACUACCAGGCACGAGCCAUACUGGACCUCCUCCGAGCUUUCCCUGGAGCCACCACCAUUGAGGUUGAUAACCUGUUGACACUGGGCCAGGUGACAGACUGCCUGAUGCAGAUUAGUGACGCCAGGGCGCGUAACGCCAUCUUUAACAUGAAGCGAAGACGUACCGGGGCCAACACCAACACCACCACCAAUAAUAACACCACCACCACCAACAACAACAGCGCCGCCACCGCCAAAGCUGCAGGGACCCCGGCCCUGGUCGCGACCUCAGCGGUUGCCGCUGCAGCGAGUGGUGGGUGCGGAACGCCUCAGCAUGUGGCGGCGACUUCCAGGGCGGCGGCCGAGCGGCGGAUGUCCUUGGAGAUGCGAAUCUCGCGGUGGGGAGUUCGGGGAGUGAUGGGGGCCGGGGGUGAGGUGGCAGCUCGUACUCGUCCUCAGGCCACGCCCUUUAACGCGUACUCCGCCGCCGCCCCGGUUUGGAUGGAGCAGCUCUCCAGCCGCAGCAUUACGGAGCCCAGCCUCAACGGACUCCCCACAAACCCUUCCCACUUCGCCUACACCAGCAUCAUCAUCCCCUUCGCCAACAUGCAAGGCAUCGGGUCCAUCAGCCGCCGCAGCGGCAACGGUAACGGCAGUCGAGGUGGCGGCUGGGGUGGCCGCAGCGGCGGCGGCAGAGGAGGGGUACCUUUCACAGGUCCGGGGGUACACGGUCCUGAGUACAGGGCGUGUGUGCGGCUGGGAGGAUGUGGACCUGGACAAGUGCGCUGGUUCAGCUUCCAGUUUGUGAUGGACGAGAUGGUGAAUGAACUCGAGGAGGCCUUCCAUGCAUGCAGUGCCGUACUGCAGAAGCUGCCGUACCCUAUCGGCAACUAG